UAAAUGUAUCAUGACGUUUGAGUUGGAAUAAAAUAAUAUAUCAAUGUUGUGUUGUGAUUUAUUAAGUGAUUUUUUUUUAAAUAAUUGUGUUUCGUGUUAAAAAAGUACAAGUUUUAUAUUUAAAGAAUAAUAUGUCGUUGCCUAGUGAGUUAAGUUUAGAGUCUGUACGAGACUUCAUGAUAACGAACGGUGGUAAAGUAACUAACCAUGAUCUAGUAACUCAUUUCAAGUAUUUUUUGACAAAUCCACAAAAUAGAGUGGAAGCUAGGCAUCAGUUUAAAGAGAUUGUGAACACUGUCGCCACCGUUAUUCGGGGAGAGGAUGGAGAAAAAUAUUUAAUGCUGAAACGUCGAUUUCGAGCUGCUGGUUGUGUCGGAUUAUCGCCAGAACCAUCAAUGAGUACAGCCUCAUCAUUGACAUCUCUGACUUCCUAUCCAGGGUUGUCUUCGGUACAUCAAUCAUUAUCACAGGAUUCAUUAAAUGAUCCGACUAGGUUUAAACAGAGAUCACCAAUGAAAUCUCCAUCUAUGAGACAACCUCCUCCAUAUCGACCACCACCAUCACCAUCUCCAUCACCUAAAGAAUAUUCUCCGACUAAAGAAACGGCACCACCAGUUCCACCCAGGCGUAAGAGCGCUGACAAAAUUCGAUUAGGUGAAUCAAAUGAAAACGAUUAUGAUAAUUCAAAAGCAAACGACAAAGAAAACGAUCAGCAGCAACAAACACAGAUAAGUGUUAAGGAUCGUACAAAGAAAUUCAACCGAAUGGCUUCAGAAAGCGCUUUACAAAUAGCUAGUCUACAGCCAUCGCCUAAUAAAAAGAAGAUAGAUAAGAACGACAGAGACGAGGAAGACACGAUUUCUAUGACUUCGUUGGAUCCGAAGUCAAGAGAAUGGAUUGUCAAGUCAGCACAGUGCGACUAUCAAGCGUUAGCCAAAAUGGCUUCCGAAAAUCCAAGGAUCGUCAAAUUCAAGGAUCCAAUGACUGUAAGUUGAAACAUAUACAGGGUGUUCCAUUCAACGUAAGACGCUAAAUUUCUUUUAUAAUAAUUACAAUUUUGUAGUUUUUUUUAAAAAUAUUUUUAUUUAUGUUUCAUUACAACGUUAUAAAAUUUAGAAUGGAAGUAUGACUGCGGUUGAGUUACGGGCGUAAAUUAAAAUAAUAUCAUAUUUCACCAUCCAUCUGGCGGCCUGUCUUCCCGUCCUUAAUAAUUUAAAAUUCUAAACACAAUAUUCUUUAAAUCAGGUUAUCGACCAGUCAACAUUUUUAGUAAAUUCAGCAAA